UCACGCCAGGGACGGCCCGGUACCCGAGAAGCUGGGGUUGCGCGUGCCCCUUCCUAGGUCCUGGCAGCACCAUCCGGCCGAGGGGUGUCGUCAGUCCACCCGCUUGUUUUCGAUCACGGAGAAGCCGGUGCGGGUGUUUUAUUUUUGUUUCCAUCUUAAUUUUCUUAAUUUCGCACUUAUGUCGGCGGUGUGUAUGGUGACAAAGCGGCGAGCGAGCUAACGAGCGACCAUCCCCUCCCCAGACCCGAUGGAAAAAAAUAAGUUGACCGAUCGAUCCUGGGGAAGAAGAGUUCGUUUUCCGCGCUCCGGGAGGAAGGAUAGCGAGUGCUGGUCAAAAUGAUCCGGAUUUCUGCAAGCAGACAGCUGCGGGGAUUGUGACAUUUUUUACAGGUGGCCUGAGAGCCGGCGUUCAUCGGUAAAACGGCGACCGCGACGCGCGCAGACAUCCUCCCCAUCUUUCACGCGUUUGUGUUUUGGCCAGGCAUCGUUUCUGCACCGUCCGGGCACCGUACGCUUUGAGCUUUUUGUCACACGCCAGGCGAUUUUUUUGUCUCCAUCGUUUGCUGGCUUUUUGACCCUUAAAAAUAAUUUUUAAAAAAAACAACAACAAUAUUUCAGCUGUCUCGACGGCAGCGAUUCACCCUCGGCAACUUCUGCAAAACUGCGCGCGGCACCGACGGCGGGCGGGCAGCGGCAGCGCGGGGUUUGACAAGAAGGCAAACAUGGGGAAAUGUAAAAGAUGAGCGUCUGAUCGUCCGGAUCCGGGCUCUCGUUUUCACUGCAGAAGCCAGAGAAACCAGACGAGUUUCGCCGGCGGAGAGGGGGGAGGUCCGCUGCUUUCCAACAUGAAGGAGGUCUAGGGCCGUGGAGUAUUUAUUUAUUGAGGGGGGAGCCGGGUGUGUUUUCUGUCGCAUCUAUAUUUCCCCAUUUUUUUUAUUUUACUUUUUUUUUUUUAAUAGGCUGGGGAUAUUAUGCAUUUAUACAGUCUUGAUCGCGGCGGCGGCAUUUAAUGCAUAAAUAUUGUCCCCGUAAAAAUAAGGUAAAGGUAGGAAGUAGGUCAGAUGGUUGAAAUGAUGGGGCUGGCGCAUCAGCGGGAGUGAGGGCAUCUCACACAAUGAUGACAGUUGCCACGUUUGUUUGAUUUUAUAUUUUGGCAUGCAUUUAGUUUUUAAUUAUUAUUAUUAUUAUUAUUAUUAUUAUUGUGUGCCAGGCCUUUUGUAGCCAAAUGACCGUUCGACAGCCACCUGCCUAGGUCCCGUCUCCCUCGCCACUCUCCAUCUUUCUUUCUUCGCUUGUAAAAUCUCUGAGGGGGAUACAUUUUACUCCUCACCCUCGCUUUGUCGGGUGGAUGGCCCUGUGCGGGACCACGGCUAGCAACGCCGCCAAGAUGAUGGCCGCGUAUAACGGGGGCGCCUCGGCCGUGGCGGCGCACCAUCCGCACCACCACCACCAGCUGCCGCAUCUCCCGCCGCCCCAUCUCCACCACCACCACCAUCACCCGGGCCAGCAUCAUCUGCAGCAGCAGCAUCCCCCAGGCUCGGCGGCCGCUGUGCACCCGGUCCAGCAGCACGCCUCCACGGCCGCCGCGGCUGCAGCGGCCGCCGCCGCCGCGGCCGUCAUGCUGAACCCGAGCCAGCAGCAGCCCUACUUCCCGUCGCCAGCUCCCGGACAGGCCCCUGGACCGGCGGCGGCUGCAGCUCCGGCCCAGGUCCAAGCCGCGGCGGCCGCGGCCGUCAAAGCUCACCAUCACCACCACCACCAGCACCAGCACUCGCACCACUUGCAGCAGCAGCAGCUGGACGUGGAGCCCGACAGGCCGAUCGGAUACGGAGCUUUCGGCGUCGUAUGGUCAGUGACAGACCCCAGAGAUGGGAAGCGCGUCGCCCUCAAAAAGAUGCCCAACGUCUUCCAGAACCUUGUCUCCUGCAAGAGGGUCUUCCGUGAGCUGAAGAUGCUCUGCUUCUUCAAGCACGACAACGUCCUCUCGGCGCUGGAUAUCCUGCAGCCCCCCCACAUCGACUACUUUGAGGAGAUCUACGUGGUCACGGAGCUGAUGCAGAGCGACCUUCACAAGAUCAUCGUGUCACCGCAGCCUCUCAGCUCUGACCAUGUCAAGGUCUUCCUCUACCAGAUCCUGCGAGGGCUAAAAUACCUGCACUCAGCUGGCAUCCUGCACAGAGACAUUAAACCUGGCAACCUCCUGGUGAACAGCAACUGCGUGCUUAAGAUCUGCGAUUUUGGUUUGGCCCGGGUGGAGGAGCUGGACGAGUCACGGCACAUGACUCAGGAGGUGGUCACCCAGUACUACCGGGCCCCGGAGAUCCUCAUGGGCAGCCGGCAUUACUCCAAUGCCAUCGACAUCUGGUCCGUGGGCUGCAUUUUCGCCGAACUCCUGGGCCGGCGGAUCCUCUUUCAGGCCCAGAGUCCCAUCCAGCAGCUGGAUCUGAUCACAGAACUGCUGGGGACGCCAUCGCUGGAGGCCAUGAGGACGGCCUGUGAAGGGGCCAGGGCUCAUAUCCUCAGGGGACCCCAUAAACAGCCAUCACUUCCUGUCUUGUACACCCUGUCCAGCCAGGCCACCCAUGAAGCAGUGCACCUCCUGUGCAGAAUGCUUGUGUUCGACCCGUCGAAGCGGAUCUCUGCCAAGGACGCGCUGGCACACCCGUACCUGGAUGAGGGCCGACUGCGUUACCACACCUGCAUGUGCAAGUGCUGCUGCUCCACGUCCUCCGGGCGCGUCUACACCAGCGACUUCGAGCCCGUCACCAACCCCAAGUUCGAUGACGGCUUCGAGAAGAACCUCACCUCCGUGCGGCAGGUGAAAGAGAUCAUCCAUCAGUUCAUCCUGGAGCAGCAGAAGGGUAACAGAGUGCCUCUGUGCAUCAACCCACAGUCUGCAGCCUUCAAGAGCUUCAUCAGCUCCACGGUGGCCCAGCCGUCAGAGAUGCCCCCGUCCCCCUUGGUGUGGGAGUAGCUCUGGUGGAUGUCCAGCACACCUCUCCCACGCGCCCGACUACUGAGGAACUAGGAGUCCGAAAACCUACGUAGCAUUUCACUGGAGUCUAGGACUAGCUGUGUCGAUAGUGUGUACUGUAACCUUAACUAAUGAAGUUUUCAAAGAAUCAACCACUGCUGUGUGCGGGCAGGGCCGGGGCCCGGGGCCCCCGGCGGGGCCAUAUGCACGCGCGUGCACUCGGACGUCCGGGCUGGCGCUGGGCCGUGGCGGCGGUGCCAAUCACGUGCCCGCGUGGUCAGCAGCAGAAGUGGGCAACCGCCGGGGUCUCAGAAUGUACCGGCAAGGGCGGGGCUGGGAGGCGAUGCUCACGUGGCCCCCGGCAAGGAGGCGUGGAACACAAUACCCAACCACCCCCCCCCCCCCCCAUGAUGCU